AUGACGAGGAAGCCAUGGCUCUUAUUUGCUCUGCUUCUAAUCAUGUCUUAUUACAGAGCAUGCUUCUCCAUAGCUGGUGAUACCCUUUCACCAGGUCACUCUCUUUCAGAGAGCGACACCGUAGUAUCUCAAGGUAGCAAAUUUGAGCUCGGUUUCUUCAAACCAGGCACUUCAUUAAAAAUCUACCUGGGCAUAUGGUAUAAAAUGUUUCAUGAGAAAAUUGUUUGGGUAGCAAACAGGGAAAACCCUUUGUCUCACCCAUCUUCCUCAAGACUUUACCUCUCAGAAAAUGGCAAUCUAUUCCUUUUUGAAGGUUCCUCCAAGAUUCCAGUUUGGUCAACAAAUUUGACAUUUCCCCAGUCAAAUAUAACUGAAGCAGUACUUCGUGAUGAUGGAAAUUUUGUUUUGAGAGAUAGAUCGAACACGUCUACUAUAUUUUGGGAGAGUUUCGACCAUCCAACCGAUACAUGGCUUCCAGGUGCAAAGCUUGGGAUCGAUAAGGUUACUGGGAAACCACAGCAAUUCAUUCCAUGGAAAAAUUCAGAAGAUCCAUCACCUGGUGUGUUCUCGUUUGGGUUAGACCCAAAUGGAAGCAAUCAACAUUUCUUAGAGUGGAACAGAUCCCAAAUCUAUUGGAGUUCUGGACUUUGGAAUGCAACAUCUCUCAGCUCACUUUCUGCAGGGAGCAUUAUCUUGAACUUAAGUUUUGUGUCAAGUAAAAAUGAAAGUGAGAGUUAUUUUACUUACUCUCUUCAUAAUCCUUCUAACCUUGCUAGAUUUCGAAUUGACCAAACAGGACAGAUUAGGGCACUGGUGUGGCUGCCUGGCGUCUCCGUUUGGGAUACAAUUUGGUCUGCACCGACGAACCUAUCUGAUGUAUAUGCUUUGUGCGGUGCAUUUGGUGUGGUACAAUACCCUGAGAAUUUCUCAAACCCUUGUGAGUGUCUAAAAGGUUUUGAACCAUUUUCGAUGAACUACACCAGACUAAAUGAUUGGUCAGGUGGGUGUGUGAGGAAAUUCCGUCUGCAAUGUGAGAAUAAUACGCAUGCUAAUGUCAAAAAAGAUUGGUUCAUGAAAAUAUCAAACAUGCGAUUGCCUGUUUAUUCGAAAGAAUAUUUGGCCUUGAAUGCUAGUAGAUGUGAAUUGGCUUGCAUGGAAAAUUGUUUUUGCGCAGCUUAUGCUUAUAAUAGGAGUGGGUGUAUGAUAUGGGAAGGAGCUAUUUUGAACUUACUUCAACUUCCAUACGGUGGCGAGAUUGGACAAGAUAUCUACCUCAGACUUGCUGCUGAUGAGUAUCCAGAAUCAAAUACCAAAGGCAAAAAAUGGAAAGUGUGGGUAGCUGUGCUGAUCCCUGCAACAGGGCUUAUCUUAUGCCUCUCAAUUUGCUUUUCAUGCAAGGGAAAGCUCAAAUUCAUCUGUAAGUGUAAAUGUUCUAACUGUAUAUGGAAAUCACUUUAA